AUGUUGCUGCUGGUCGUACCCCUAAUCACCAGUUUCUUCGGUUUAUCAUCAUCGCAACAACCAUGCUGGAGCAGAGAUUACGGUAACGGUGGUACCGUUUGUGUGUGCAAUUCCACCUACUGCGACACAAUCCCAAGACCACAAGUCGUACCAUCGCCGCACUUCUUAGUCUACACGUCAAAUCAAGCCGGGUUGCGAUUCCAAAAGACCAACGGAACUUUCGACCCUUCUAGUACUGAAACGAAUUUCGCUUCAUACGACAGUUCCAGCGAAAGCGACGAUAGUACCUAUGACAACUCAACCAACAACGUUUACAUCGAUUCUAACACCACGUACCAGACGAUGGUAGGCUGGGGCGGUGCUUUUACGGACGCCACCGGGAUCAACGUUAACACUCUCCCGGAAACCCUUCAGGAAACUCUGUUGCAAUCAUUGUUCGGGAAAAACGGGCUGGAGUAUAGUGUAGGUCGAGUACCCAUCGGUGGUACCGAUUUUUCAACGCGCGCUUACUCGUACGAUGACGGUACUGAAGACCCGCAAUUACACAAUUUCAACCUGACUUAUGAAGACCACAACUACAAAAUACCGUUGAUUUUGAGAGCCUUGAAACUGACCAAAGGUAAACUUAAAUUGUUUUGUUCGGCUUGGACGGCUCCAAAGUGGAUGAAAACCAACAACGAAUAUUCAGGAUUUGGGUUUAUUCGUAGGAGCAUGUAUCAACCAUGGGCUGACUACCACGUCAGGUUUUUAGAUGCGUACCAGGAGUAUAACAUAUCUUUUUGGGGGAUGACAACGGGGAACGAACCUUCGAACUCACUAAACCCGUAUGAUAAAUUAGAAGUUGUGGGUUGGCCAUCCUGGCUACUCCGGAUAUGGAUCACCGACAACCUCGGACCCACAGUUCGAAAUUCAAGUCACUCUAAAAUAAACAUCAUGAUGUUAGACGACCAACGCAUUUUCUUACCAUGGUACGUGCGAAAAGUGCUGCAAAGCGAGCGGACGCGACAGUACGUCAACGGUAUCGCUGUACAUUGGUACUUGGACGAGUACAUCCCAGCGUCCGCUUUAACCCGGACCAAAAAACUCUUCCCAGAAAUGUUCCUUCUAGCUACCGAAGCCAGCAACAUGCCCGAAGGUGGCGAGAACGCGGUACUGCUGGGUUCGUGGCUCCGAGGCGAACUCUACUCUACGGACAUCAUAGAAGAUGUCCACAAUUGGGUUACGGGUUGGGUUGACUGGAACAUGGCAUUAAAUGCGACCGGAGGACCCAACUACAUCAACAAUUUCGUCGAUUCGUCGAUUAUAGUAAACGCUACAGCCGCUGAAUUUUAUAAGCAACCCAUGCACUACCAUAUAGGUCAUUUUUCAAAGUUUGUACCACCAGGGUCCGUGCGGGUCCAUUCUGAAGGAACGCGCAUAAAAAAUGUACGAUACGUCGCUUUUCAGCGACCGGAUAGUGGUACCGUUGUGGUGUUUUUGAACAGGAAUAAAGAAAGUGUGCCGGUGAAUCUUGGUGAUGGUUCGAGAGGUACUGCCUCUUUGGAGCUGAGUGGAAACUCUAUAACUACGGUACUUUACUGGUGA